CGUAGGAGGCGGGGAAGGCGGGCCCGGCCCAGCUUCCUCCCCGUUUUCUUCCUUCCAAUCCGUUUCCCCGCCACGCCCGUUCCUCCUCCCUCCCGCGACGGUUUCUCACCGGCCUCCCCCCGCCCACCCUGCGGGUCGGAGAGUCCAGUGUAUGUGCGGCAACAACAUGUCUGCCCCGCUGCCAGCCAUCGUCCCGGCCGCCAGAAAGGCCACCGCCGCGGUCAUAUUUCUUCAUGGAUUAGGAGAUACUGGACAUGGGUGGGCAGAAGCAUUUGCUGGAAUCAGAAGCCCACACAUAAAGUAUAUUUGCCCACAUGCGCCAGUUAUGCCAGUUUCUUUAAACAUGAACAUGGCUAUGCCUUCUUGGUUUGAUAUCAUUGGCCUCGCUCCAGAUUCACAGGAAGAUGAAGCUGGGAUUAAGCAAGCAUCAGAGAAUGUGAAAGCACUUAUUGAGCAAGAAGUAAGGAAUGGAAUACCCUCAAACCGAAUAAUUUUGGGAGGAUUUUCUCAGGGAGGAGCUUUAUCGCUGUACACAGCUCUCACAACAAAUCAGAAGCUGGGGGGUAUUGUAGCACUCAGCUGUUGGCUUCCGCUGCGGACCUCAUUUCCACAGGGUCCUAUCAACUGUGUCAACAGAGACAUUCCCAUUUUCCAGUGCCAUGGUGACCGCGAUCCUUUAGUUCCGCUUAUGUUUGGUUCUGUCACUUCUGAGACACUAAAGACUAUGUUAAAUCCUGGCAACAUAAGUUUUAAAACUUAUUCGGGAAUGAUGCAUAGCUCGUGUAUUGAGGAAAUGAUGGAUGUGAAGCAGUUUAUUGACAAGCAACUACCUCCAAUUGACUGAAACUAUGUGAGAAACCUUUUGUUAAAUGCACCAGCAGCAGUUGUCACCUGUACUAAAUUCUUUCUUUUCAUGCAGCCAUUUCUAAAGUAUUUCUGUGCCUACAGUGUUAACUGUAUUGCAAUGAAUAGGUCACAUAACUUUGAGAAGUAAUGCUCUUACUUCACUGGCCGCUCAAACUUCACUGGCCGCAGUGUAGAUGCAAGGCAGAGGAAAAGCAUGUUAGAAUAUAAUUAGGUAUACUCCUCCAUGCUUGAUUGUUCCAAAUUUACAUUUGUCUCUUGAUAACUGAAUACCUCUUCUUUAAAAUAAUUGUUUAAAUGAGAACAGUUUAUGUUCCAGACCUGUUUUAUUACUGCUUGCAAAAUUGGCAUUAAUGUAUUAUACAUACAAUAUGCAGUAUGUAAAACUGAGUAAGCAUACAGUGGUAGGAUAAGUAUAUAUACUUAAAGAUCACGUUUAAUCAAUAUUAUUGCAUGAGCAAGGGAAGACUGUUGCCCAGUCUUUAAUUAUUCCUGCACAUUGAUGAAAUACAGUAUUAUCACCUCCCUGUGUGUCAGGCUACUUUGAAAACUUAAAGCACCUGAUCUCUUAAGUCAGAUUCCUACUCAACUGCACUUAAUAUGAUUUUAAUAUAAAUCUUUAAUACAAUGAAUUCCUAGCAUAAGCUCUCCUAAAGUGUUGCAAAACUUAAGCUCUCAAAUGCUCUUAAGUAGCCUUGUAAAAUUUCUGAAUUAAAAGUAAAAGAAUAUAUUUUAUGAACAAUUUAUUGUAAAUUGCUUUCUUCUGCUAUAGCAAAAGCAGGAAUGUGCUGUGGUACAACCACAGAUGUAAUAGACAAGUGGAUCUAGAAAAGUCAUUGGACUAAUUUUUCUUAGCACAACAGUGUGACUUUUUUGUUUUAAAAUGUUUCAGACUUCAAGUCUUUGUCAGACUAGUAUCUCCCUCACAUCCCAAAGUUAUGGCAAAUAUUUGAGAAAUAAAGUAUUCUUCCUUGCUCAACCUGCCAAACCUUACUGCAUUUUAAUCUAUACAUAUGCAAAUAAAAUUUGAAGCUUCCUAAGUAACUUGUAUAGCCAGCUUCAAAAAUUUUCAUGUAAUGUAUUCAGAAGCAGUAUUGCUGAUUUGGUGGUAGUGCAAAUCAUAAAUAUGUAGAAAAAUUUGGAAAUUUCCCCUCUCUUCCAGGCCAUCACUGAAGUUCCACUAUUUUGCUAACUGUCUUGGCAUUACACUGCUGAUACAUAUCUUAUUCUUAAUGAUGUUGAAAUUACAGCUUCUGGGGUUUCUUCUAUUAUCUCUCUUCUUUAUGCAUAUAAUCCAAGCGUAGGAAUACAAUCCAACAGAGUCAUAUGUGCACGAAGACAAGCAUUUAUUAAGUUACAGAUGUUACAGUGUUCCAAGGAUGUUUGUAAUGUGACUGUAAGUACUUCUCCUAUCUAGCUUUGUAUAUCACAUUCCUUGAGCCUUGCUGGACUUUCUGUAGCCUCAGGGCCAUCUAUAUACCAGCAGAAUUGGGCAGUAAAGUGGUUCCUGGUCUGCACAAGUUCAGAUUUCAAAUGAAAGAAUAGGUUUGACUAUUCUUAGCAGUCUCUCUAACUUGCUGUGUGCUAGGGGAGAGUUUGAAUGAAGAAAUGAAACAUGCCACCUUUCCAUUUGUAGAAAUGGAUUUCUACAUUGCAUACAAUGCAUUUCAGGAACAGCUUUACCACUUAAUUCUGCUGAAUAGAAUUCAGCCCUUAAACAGUAGUGAAUGCUUCUGUACUCAGCCUUCUUUCCAAGAUAUUUCAGUGCUGAGGACCUCUGCAAGAGCUGGUGUGCACAGGAUUUCAAUAUGAAACCAGUGUGACUCUCCUGAGUGCUUGUCCUGUUUAUACUGGAGAAUAGUUUUCAAUAUAAAUUAUAGCUUGCAGCAGAAGGCAAUCUGUCAUUUUUCUGGCAAUGUGUGAAUUUUUUUUCAGAUCCUUGCUUUAACAGAAGUUGGUCUGCUAAAAAGUAUUUCUAAUGGAAUAGAUAUGUUCUAUUAAGCAGUAGUGAAAAUAGAUGUUUUGAUUUACUAGACUAGAUUCAUGUUUUAUCAACUUGUGUGAAACUACUGAAAUAAAAAUGGUAGUACUCCAAUAAGAUACACAUUUAGUUCACUUUGAAAUUAUAGACAUGUAACAUUUUGUCAAAUCAAAAUUUGAUAUCCAGUAUUAGAUGAAAUACUUAAUUGCCAACUUGCUGAUAAAUAUUAAUUAUAUUGUAUGUAUAUUACAGCGUAAAUGCUGCAUCAAAGGAAAAAACAAUGGCUUCAUUUUACCCUGAUAGGAUGUAGCCUUUAUUUUUCCCUUAAGUAUUGUACAAUGUCAAUGCAGUGAAUUGCUGAAGGAGUACAGUACUCUAACUUGUUAUUCUAGAUCUGUUAAUUAAAUGUUUGUCUUAGUGAGGUGUAUUGCACUUCAUUAAACUGCAAAAUGCAUCUUUUUAUAAAUAGGUGCUAUUGACACUCAAAAUGAAUAUAGUUUUAAGAAUGUAUUGUAUAGGAUGUUAAUAAAGCCACAUGUUUAGGCUGGGAUAUUUUAUAAACAAAUUUAAUUUGGCUUUCUUUUUCCCUAAGUUGUAGAAAUACACAGUUAAGGUAACAUCUUGAUUUUAUAUUUGUUUAUAGAAAUAAGUCUUGUUGAAAUGGCUUUCUUGUAAUUGAAAAUUGUAACCUUUCUGUUACUGUGAAAUAAACUCUGAACAACCA